CGAGAAAAUAAUUACAUAAACAAUAUUGUGAGGUUAGAAUUAUUUUGGAAUAUGUUGAAAAACUUCCAGAAUUUUUUAAAGAGCAGUAUUAUUAGGCGGUACUCGAAGGCUAUAGACAAUUUCUUGAACCAACAUCCUCAUUUAAAACAAAUAAAAAAAUAUAUUCCGUCUCAGUACCUAAAUAUUUCUUCCAAAAUAUCAAAUGAGUACCUGUAUUUAAUUUGCACAAAAACUGCGAAACUUAUUGCCGAUCACGUUAUUCCUUCAAUUAGUGAAGACCAAAUUAUUGCAGAAACCAAUGCCGGUUUAGGCCUGAUUACAACAGAAUUGUUAGAAAGAAGCGUCAAACGAGUAAGAAUGUAUGAAUCUUGCCCGGAUUUUAGAGUUGACUUAAAAAAAUUUGAUGCUGCAUUCCCUGGCAGGGUGGAAUUAUUUAUCAAAAAUAUAUUUCAUUUAGGACGAUUUGCUUAUUUAGAUAAACAAGAUGGUGUUAACAGAGUGGAAUCACUAUUAAAAAAUGUGCCUAAAAAGGCUUGGAUAGAUGAUCCAGCCAUGACAAUAGUAGGAACUCUUCCAAAUACAAACUUUAUAAGAUAUCUAAUCAAGUCUUUGGCUCUUCAAACAGGUCUUGCAUUACAUGGCAGAAUACAAAUAUUUGGAAUCAUUAAACCACAUGAUUACUAUGUUUUUACAGCAACACCUAAAGAAAAUUUGAGAAAAUAUCAAUAUAUAAGUAUCUUAUUCCAACUUUUAUUUGAUUUGGAAAAACUGGAAACAUUUCCACGAAAUAUUUUUUUACCAUGGGAGAGAUCUAGAGGAAAAAGGAAAGAAAUAAAAGAGCUUAUAUUUGUUAAAAUUAAUUUUAAAAAACAGCUUCCUGUUACAAUGGACCAAAUUUUACCCUUGUACUAUUUCAUAAAGCAGUUAUAUGGUACAGGAAAUAAUCUAGUUUUACCAACAGUAGAAAAAUGGGUUCCAAGCAGUGGAUUAAAUGUAUUAGUACCCAGCCAAAAACAUGAAGAUUAUAAUAAAGAGAUCAAUAUAUUUACAAAAUUUCGGGAUUUAACUCCUUCUCAGAUUUCAGCGAUAUUUAAGGAAGUAAUCAACAAUAAUUCAUACUUAGGUAGCCCUUUUACUGGGAUGAUUGAAAAUGAAUUAGUUAAAAGUGAAUCUGUAGAAACAAGCUUGGCAGAUGCUACAUUGGAAAAAAGUAUAUCUAGAGACGUUGAAAAACUUAAUUUACAAGAUGAAUUUGACUGAAUGCUUAGACACAAAUGGAGAGAGAGAUAAAAUAUGAAUGUAAUUACUGAACCUCAAAUAAUGUGAACCUGAGAACAGAUAAUUGCAUAUCUAAAGAUUUUUUUAUAAUAAAUAAUUUUAUAUGAACAGCACUGG